AUGGUAGCACCCUUUCCAAUGCCGACACAAACCUACCACACGAAAUCCUAUUCUUCUAUAUCUCCCGAUCAACCAGCUCUAUCCCAACAAGGGAAAAACAUCGUAGUUACAGGUGGCGGUACAGGUAUCGGGGGAGGCAUUGCACUAUCACUCGCUCGAGCCAAGGUCUCAAAUUUGGCACUUCUGGGACGCAGAGUCGGGCCACUCGAGCAGGUCAAAAAGACCAUUACUGCUUCAUAUCCAGAGACCUCUGUAUAUGUCUAUUCGGCAGACAUUAGCGACCUUGAUGCUAUGGUCAAUGCCUUCAACUCAUUCGCCAAAGCAGUUCAAGGACCGGUCCAUACAGUCAUGGCCAAUGCCGGCUGGCAUCCUGGUGUCAGCACAGCCCCUGAUGACAACAACGGUAGCCUGAUGGCCAGUCUGGAAAUCAAUGCUGGUGGUACGGCGAAUACGGUUCGAGCAUAUCUGCCACACAUUCCGGCCGAACCAAUUGACGCUUCCGGCUAUCGUGGACGAAUUGUGCAUACCUCGAGUGGUGUCACACACGUUUUUGUGCCAGACUCCGUCAAUUAUGGUAUCGGAAAAUUGGCCGGUGCAGGAUAUCUCCAGUACGUGGCUUUGAAUCAUCCUGAACUCCAGAUCAUCAACUUUCAUCCCGGGAUCCUGGCGACAGACAUGUCAGCGGUUGGGUCAGGGCUCGAGGCGACUGAUGAAAUCUCGCUUCCUGCAGACUGGGCUGUCUGGGCUGGGUCUCCCGAGAGUGCAUUUCUAGGAUCGGGUAGACUCGUCUGGGCUCAUUGGGAUGUCAACGAGCUUAAGGAGAGAUUCGAGAGAAUGAGAGCUGGCAAAGAGAAAGACGGCGACGUCGUAUUUGGUGCUCUCCCCGUGCACCAGCAGUUCACCAUUGGACUUGUCGACUGGAUCAAGGCUGAAUGA